AUGACGCCUAUUCUCGGUUAUUGGGACAUUAGAGGCCUUGCUGAACCAAUUCGCCUAUUAUUGCGUCACCUUGGAGCUGAUUUUAAGGACAAGAUAUACAUUAUUGGAGAUGGUCCUGUUUAUCCCCCCAAAGAAUGGCUGGAUGAAAAAUUCAAACUGGGUCUUGAAUUCCCAAACCUACCGUAUUAUAUUGAUGGUGAUUUCAAACUGACUCAAUCUUCAGCUAUUCUCGAGUAUAUUGCCGAGGUACACAAUAUGGUUCCAAGUUGUGUGAAACAACGUGCUGUACUUCGUAUGCUUUUCAAUGCUGCUCUUGAUCUGCGCGUGAAUUUUUUCAGAAUGUGCUACAAUCCGGAUUUCGAUAAUCUGAAAGGCCCAUUCCUGAAAAGUCUUCCUGAUAGUUUGAAGACCUUCGAAGAAUAUUUGGGUGACAAAACCUGGCUUACAGGUGAAAAGAUUAACUAUCCUGAUUUCAACUUGUGUGAGCUUCUGAAUCAAUUAGAAAAGUUUGAGCCAUCCUGUCUCAGUAAAUUUCCAAAAUUGAAGGCCUAUCUGACUCGCUUUGAGAAUCUACCAGAACUGAAGGAGUAUAUGGCCUCGGAGGAGUUCAAAAAGCGAGACUGCGUAGGAAGAACUGCAAAAUGGCGUAAUAACAACUGA